UCUGUUUGACACACAUGCUCACGCAUGCGCAGUGACGCUCGAAACAGCCAAUCAAAUGGUCGGCGCGAGUCUGACGCAUAUUUUGAAUCAGAAACGGUUGUGGCACGAUCAUAGUACGUGUACUGUACAAUCUAUUUUUCUAAUAUAAAAUAUAAAUUAACAAAGGGAUAGUCUGUCUUGGGAUACUAGGAUGAGGAAGAGUGAGGUCAUUGCUGCAGAAUCUGUGGCAUGCCUAAAUAAAGCCCUUUGCCAUCUGAAGGACAUCUGGGAGGAGAUUGGCAUCCCAGAGGAGCAGCGAUUAGAGCGAACGAAUGUGGUUAAGAAUCAUGUCAAAAGUCUUCUGGAUAUGAUGAUCGCGGAGGAAGAGAGUCUGCGGAGUCGUCUGAUGACAAGUAUCGAGACAUGUCGCAAAGAGAUGAGCAAAUUGUGCUUGGAGCUUCAGCUUCCCAUGUUUCAAGAGGAUAGAAGAGACACUAUACUUAAGCAGGAGAAAGACCUCCGGACACAUGUUGAAGCUAUGCUACGAGAGAAAAAUCAAAGAAUUCAGACGCUCAAAGCUUUAACAGAGCAAGAUCAGGAUCUCUGUGAUAUUCUCUGUUCCCAACCAUUUGCCCUGUCUUCCAGUUCUGUUCCAUCUCUGGAAGAGCUGGGGAAAUUUCGUCAACACAUCGCCCAUCUCGCUGAUGAGAAGGAACUGAGACAUGAAGAAUUUGUCAAACUCAAGAAAAAGAUCAUACUUUGCAUGGACGAUCUGGAUCAGUUGCCUGAAACUAGUUUUGAAAAGGAUGUCGUGUGUGAAGAUGAAGAGAGUUUUUGCUUGUCUAAAGAAAACAUUGAUUCGCUCAAAGUCCUCCUGCAUCAGUUGGAGAGCAGGAAGGCUGAGAACGAGCGUGUCUGUGGCUCCUAUCGAGAAACAAUCCAGAAUCUCUGGGAAAGGUUGCAGACUUCACAGGAAGAGCGUGAUGCCAUUUCUGAACACAUGACCCGCUCGAAGAGACGAAACAUGGAAGCAUUACAAGCUGAGGUCGAACGUCUUGAGGAACUGAAGCUUAAAAAUAUCCAGAAUGUUACAGGGGCCAUUCGAAAUGAGAUUGCAGUGUUCUGGGAUAAGUGCUUUUGUAGCUCUGACCAGCGGCAAGCUUUUGUGCCCUAUUAUGAUGAUGAUUUCAGCGAAGAACUUCUGAGCUUACAUGAUGCAGAAAUUGUGCGCCUCAAACAGCACUACGAGGAUCACAAGGAGCUUUUUGAAGGUGUUCACCAAUGGGAAGAGAACUGGAGACUUUUCAUAGAGCUUGAACAAAAGGCCAAAGAUCCAUCCAGAUUUACCAACAGAGGAGGACACCUUCUGAAGGAGGAGAAACAACGGGCUGAUCUGGUCAAAAGCCUUCCCAAGCUUGAGAAGAAGCUGAAGGCUGAAAUUGAGCAGUGGGAGCAGGAGCAGAACAGAGAGUUUCUGGUGAAUGGACAAAAGUUUAUGGAGUUUGUUGCUGAUCAGUGGGAGUCCUAUCGAUUGGAGAAGGAACGUGAAAAACAGGAAAGGCAACAAAAGAAAAGCAAGCAGACAGAAGAGGACAUGGUCUAUGGGACUGUGGUGCGAACACCAACUAAACGACGAUUUCUGGGCAACACAACACCUUGCAAAGCUCGAAAGUUCAAUGCCACGUCAAGUACUGGCACUUCUAACAGCACUAUCCGAUCUGUUUGUGGUGGGACUGUCUGUCACUCUCCUAUGUUACGCCCUCCAAAGCAGGGCAAUGCGGUGAAAACUCCAGCUCGUGGUAAACCUCCGCAUCAAGGUACGAUAGAGCGCAAUAAGGAGAAUAUUUGUCAUCUUACUGUUGGUGUGGGUGGGGCGAUGAUGGUCCCAGCAAGUCCACAACGAAACUUCAGCAUUAACUCCGUUGCAAGUACCUAUACAGAGUUUCAGCGAGACCUCUCCAAGUCAUCUAAAUCUAAACAUGUGCCUGAAAUUUUGAACUCAACCAUUAUUCAACUGUAACUCUUCUGCACACUUGAUAAACUGCUAUAAGACGGGAAUUUUGUAAAUGAUGAGUUUUGGGCUCUUGUUCUUUUAUAGCUAUAGCUAUGCAUUUUAUAUGUAAAUGAAGGUAUAAUAUAUUUUAAAUAUUUUUUUUCUGAGGGAUUCAACAUGUAUGUUCACUUUAACACUAGGCUAAACACUGCUCUAUGCAUCUCUUUAAUUUAACAAAUUGCUGAGCUGUCCAAAUUAACUACUAGUGUUGUUUCUCACUAUUUUGUACUUGGUCAAAAUCACAGUAUAUGUUAUGUUAUACUUUGAAUGUUUUGCACAAUUUAUUGUAAAAAUACUGCAUUCUUUUUAGUAAUGAACAAUUCACUACAUUAAAAGUAAAGCUUAAAGCUA